AUGGAUCACGAUAAGGAAAAAAACGAAAAUAAGGAAGUUUUAAUUGAAACACCUACAGAACAGAAGGAGGGAAUAAGUCCUUCCGACACUCCAGCCGAGUCUAUCCAACUGAAUGUUUCUCUUCCUCCUGUGAAUAUCUCUUCUUCUUCCCCUAAUGAAGAUGAACGGCUGUGGGAAUUGGUGGACCCUCCAGAGACUUCAUUGGAUGUGGUGAAGAGUACUCGCCAAGAAAUUCAACGGGUGUUAAGUAUAUUAUCCAAUCAUGAGCGUUUACAAGAGAUAAACACAAAGAAACAGGAUGGAUUAUCUCAAAGCCAAAUUAUUCUGGAAUUACAAUUGGUGGAGCUGAAUGGGAAACUGCAGAAGGAGGUGGAGCAACUUAAAGGAGACUUGGAAAUACAAAUAAAGGAGAGAAAACAUAACCAGGAAGCCUUUGAGAAACGUCAACAUGAAUUGGAGUCAAGUGUGAAGAAACUAAAGAAAAAGUUGGAAACAGAAGUCGCCCAACGCAAAGUGGAUCAAGAAACUCAUAAGCGACAGGAGAAUAAACUCGAGUCUCAGAUAAAUGAUCUCAAGAAGGAGUUGGAUGCGGAAUCUUUACAACGCAAAACGGCUGAGGAGGCGUUGGAGAAUCUCCGCAAGGAUUUGGAAGCGCAAAUGAGAGAACUUAAUAAAAAGUUUGAUGCCCAACCAAUUAUAAGGUUUUGA